CCAUGCGAGCCAUCCCCUUGGACUCAGCUGCUUUCAGAGCACAUACAUGGCUUGUGUGACAGCAACAGUGCAUAGAAGCAGCAGCAGCAGCGACAGCAGCAAUGAAAUGCAGCUAGCAGCAGCCCUACAGCUGGGAGGCAGGAGGCAGGCAGGCACCAGUCUGGUCCCCGUGGUUGGAAUUAUCUUCCCCUGAGCCUGUCUGCAGUGUCUCUCCAGCUGUGCCUGCUUUUUUAUUAUUAUUAUUAUCAUCACGGCUAGGAUCCUGCUUGGCGUUUCUUUCCAAAUACUCUUGUGGCUUAACUCGGGCGUGCGACUCCCUGGGUGACUGCAGUGUCUUCCCCCUUCCUCCUCCCUCUCUCCUCUUCUGCUGCAUCCUUCUCUCCCAGGAUGGCGGAGGCUGAAUUGCACAGGGAAAGGCUACAAGCUAUUGCAGAAAAAAGGAAAAGGCAGACGGAAAUAGAAAGGAAGAGGCAACAGCUCGAAGACCAAAUACUUCAGCUGCAGCAUUUCAAGUCAAAAGCACUCCGUGAAAAAUGGUUGAUGCAAGGAAUUCCUGCCAGUUCACCAGCAGAAGAAGAAGCCAGGAAGAGGCAGUCAGAAGAGGAUGAGCUGAAGGUGAAAAACCUUGAAGGAAACAUCCAUAGGUUAGAACAAGAAAUAGGAAAACUAGAAAGUGAAGAAUCCCAAAUAUCUGCCAAAGAGAAAAUCAUCUUAGAGAAACUAAAGGAAACAGAGAGAUCCUUUGAGGACUUCCAAAAGAGCUUCUCGCGCCAAGAUGGAGAUGCUGUAAAUUACAUUUACUCCCAGCUCCCCGAACUCACAACCCUCUAUUCACGAACAAAAGAGCCGGUUCCCGGGAAAGACGGAACAAACAGGGUAACUGCUUUGUACAGCAUGGAAAUUAAUGUGGAGAAAGACAAACAGACAGGAGAGACCAAGAUUCUCUCUACGUCCCCCAUUGGCCCAGAGGCUGCCCUUCAAAGAGGAAUCAAAGUCUAUGACGAUGGUACCAAAGUAGUCUAUGAGAUGCACUCUGCGGGUGCGGUGGUAGAAAACGGAGUGCACAAGUUGAGCUCAAAGGAUGUAGACGAACUCAUUCAGAAGGCUGGACAAUCAAGCGUAAAAGGAGGGACUGUGUCGAUAAUGGACGGAAACCUCAGCCAUAUGAAGGAACAGAUGCUUUUCAAAGAGGCCAAACUAGAGAUGGUGCACAAAUCCAGCAAAAGGCAUUCCGAGAACCCACGACACCAAGCAAAACUCACUGGGGAUGAAGUCCCAGAAGCCACCGCAGAUCACCCUGUAACAAUGAUAUUUAUGGGUUACCAAAACAUUGAUGAUGAAGAUGAGACAAAAAAGGUGCUGGGCUAUGAUGAGACAAUCAAAGCCGAACUGGUCCUCAUCGACGAAGACGACGAAAAGUCGCUACGUGAGAAGACUGUGACGGAUGUCUCAACCAUGGAUGGAAAUGCUGCGGAGUUGGUUUCUGGGAGGCCCUUAUCGGACACAACUGAGCCCUCCUCACCAGAGGGGAAGGAGGAAAGUCUACCAAUGGAAAAACUCCCAGAAACUAAGGGAUUUAACGUAUGGCCUGAAGAGAUAACUGAAAGCUCUGAGGUGGAAGUGGCAGCCACGAAAUCAUCUAGGCUCUCUGAGGAUGACAUCAAGUUGAGAAAAGAGACAGACCGAUACCGUGCCAAUUUCCUGGACCCUGUUGGUGUCCAUGCGGCAAAGGGAGAGAGGAUGGAAAUAGAAGCCCUGGCCUCCGAACGUAGAAGCAUCACAGUGGGGACUUCAGCGCGCGCAGCGGACAACCAAACUCACUUCGCUUCCCCUGCUGCAAGCCACAAUGGACUUAAAGACAGGCACGAAUCGUUGGACAGUGAGGUUGCUAAAGAGAUCAGGUACCUCGAUGAAGUGCUAGAAGCAAACUGUUGCGAUUCAGCUUCUGAUAACCCCUUUAAUGGAAUGACUUCCUCCUCCCCUGAGCCAAGCGCAUCCAUUCUUGUGGAUGGCUCUGGUCCAUCUGUUCACCUUGCUAAUGAUUCCAGAGCACCCAACGAAAGCGGAAUCAUUGUAGUUCGUGGGCAAGUGGCUCCAGCUGUGGAGCACAGUGGAAUAAACGUCGCGCCUGGGAAGCUUAAGCCAAACGGCCACUCCAUGGGCAUCCUGCAAGAGGAACACUGUGACAGCCUGAAAGUGCCAGUGAGUCCAUGCUCUUCCACAAGCUCGCGGUCUUCCAAGGAUGGAGAAGCGACGUUGGCCACCAUUAAGAAAGAGGCUAAGUUUGAGCUUAGAGCGUUUCAUGAAGACAAGAAGCCAUCAAAGCUCUUUGAGGAGGAGGAUCCAAGGGAGAAUUACAGAGUGCGUAAAGUGAGGCCCUCCGAGGAAAUGAUGGAGCUGGAGAAAGAGAGGCGGGAGCUCAUUCGAAGCCAGGCUGUCAAGAAGAACCCGGGUAUAGCAGCAAAGUGGUGGAACCCUCCCCAGGAGAAGACUCUGGAGGAGCAGCUAGAUGAGGAACACCUGGAGUCUCACAAAAAAUACAAGGAACGCAAAGAGAAGCAGCAGCAGCAGCCACCAAUGCCUGUGAAACAUGUCUCCCAUUUGUCUGCAGCACCUGAUCCGGCUAGCAGUAAAAAGGUCGAUGUUGUCACGGAGCAAAUAGAUUUUUCAGCUGCACGGAAGCAGUUCCAGUUAAUGGAAAAUUCAGGCCCGCCAAAUGACAUAACAGCAGCACCCAAGAGAUCAGGGACCCCCAAAAUGUUCACCAUACAACCCUUCUACAAGCCAAUAGGUCCAUCUCAAAUGGACCGGCGAACAGCCUCAGCUACAAAGCCUGUCUCUCCAUGUGGGCAGACUUUGCUAGUUGGUAACAACGAUAUAACUGUUGUAAAAGCUGAGAAGGUGUCUUGCAUCUUAGAUGACAAUAGCGUUCAGGACAUCUCUGGUGACUCAGUGAGAGUCUCUCCAUACAGUGAUGCCACGAAGCAUGGCGAUGCUACAAAGGGAUGGUUGGAUGAUGGUGAGUUCACGAGUGCAAAGGCAGUCUUUACAGUGGUGCGAGAUGAUGAGCAGGGCACCUUAGAUCAGUUCUCGAGGUCAGUCAAUGUGUCUUCCCCUCCAGAGGAACUGGACUCUGGGCUGGAUGAACUGUCUGUGAGAUCUCAGGAUACAACUGUUUUGGAAACACUUUCAAAUGACUUCAGCAUGGACAAUAUAAGUGACAGUGGUGCCUCCAACGAGACAAUGAAUGUCCUUCAAGAAAAUUCGCUCACCGAUUUCUCCUUGCCCCAGACCCCUCAGGCUAACACUCCUUCCGACUGUCGAGGAGACGGUGUUUUCAAGUCACUUAGCGACCACGGCUUUUAUUCUCCAUCUUCACCGUUACUUGACUCCAUGCUCAUUGAUGAGCAGUUGGAAUACCAGGCUGGCCUACUGGUCCAAAACGCCAUCCAGCAAGCCAUAGCCGAGCAGGCUGACAAAGCAAGUUUUAAGCAAUCCACUGCAGAGCUAAAGAACCUCCAGGUCAAGGAACAGGAGGAGGAAGUAGUCAAGGCACCAUGCUCUGAGAAACUGCACAAUCCAACAUUUCAGCCACCUCAGGUGUCCUCUCCUGUGCAAGAAAAGCGAGAUUCAGCACCAAAGACUUCUGCAGCUCAAGACUCUGUACUCAGGGAAAGGCAAGCUCCACAGCCAUCUCCUGCUGCUCACACCACCAGACCAGUCACUGUGGAGGAAACCAAGCCAGAAGUCAGCUAUUUCAGCAAGUAUUCAGAAGCCGCUGAGCUAAGGAGCACGGCUUCCAUUCUGGCUAUGCAAGAAGCGGAGGUGACAGUAGGGCCUUUCAAACUAAGGUCAAAAAAGCAGAGGACUUUGUCUAUGAUAGAAGAAGAAAUCCGAGCAGCCCAAGAAAGAGAGGAAGAACUGAAAAGACAAAGGCAGGGCAUGCAGCUGGCACGCAGCCCUGUUGCAAAGAGUGCGCCUCCUCUACCCACCAGAACUGUGUCUUACAGAACUGCACCAGGUAAAAUAGAGAAGAUCAAGCCACCUCCAUCCCCAACCGCUGAAGGUCCCCCCUCGCAUUCCGACUCAGCAUCAGACGAAUCAGGAGGAUCCCAAAGACCCAAGAACCUGAUGCAGACUCUUAUGGAAGAUUAUGAAAGUCACAAAACCAAGAGGCGGGAGAGGAUGGAUGAGAACAGCUACACCUGUAAAUUACUGUCUAACAAGGUUACCUCUGAGGUCCUUGAGGCUACGAGAGUCAACCGCAGAAAGAGUGCCCUGGCGCUGCGGUGGGAAGCAGGCAUUUAUGCUAACCGAGAAGAAAAUGAAUAGUUCUCUUGGCAAAAUAAAAGAGCAGUUAAAAACAAAACAAAAAAAUGCAGAGACGAAGAAACCAAAUAGAAGAACAAAGUUUUAAUUUUUUUAAAAGGAAAGCUUCAGCAUUUUAAUCCGGUAUUUAUUACAAGCGUAUCGAUCUCUCUGCAACCCAUGUUUAAACAGAAGCAAUUCAUAUAUGCAUAGAUAUACGCACAAAACACGCAGAAAAGUUAUACUAAGGAAAAGCACCUGCUACUUCCCCCCCCCCAAUACACACAACAAAAAGAAAAGGGCCCUGAAGAAGCAACCUUGGUUCUGAUAUCAUGGCCGUGUCAAGAAGUGGCGGCAGCAGCGACAACCCAAGAGGACACAUUUCAGAGCGAGCAGAACGAACACGUGUUCCUUUCUGAAUAUUGUCUUCUUCCCAGCCUUGUAUGUGGAACAGGAAGAGUUUGGCCUAGAUAGUAUUUCACCACAAGAGGGCACCUCACAUGGAAACAAACAAUUGUUCAAGCUGUUUGGGCUUGACAGCAGCUCUUCAUCAUCCCAUGUGUAGCGUUGAGAAGAGGGCUGUUACUCUGAUAUAUCCUAGACAGCCAUAAUAUAGCAAGGUUUAUUUUCAUUUUUGCUGUUAACAAAUAGGGGGGGGGGAUUUGGAAGGCUUUCUGUUAAUUUAAAAGUUUUUUGUUUGUUUGUUUUUAUUAGAAAACAACAAAAAACAAAGGCUGUUAACUUGCAAAUGUGAAUGUACAAUCCCAUACAUUUAGCCAUAAAAUACGGUGUAUUGUUUUUUGCUGUUUAUUUUUGAAAGGGUUUUUGGGGAGAGAUGGCAGAUUGUUCGCUUUUCUCUUAACUUAUAAUGGGGUGGUUUUUGUUGAAGAUUUGCCAUCCCCUUUUCCCUCCUCACAUAAUCAGUAUGCUUAAUAAUGUUUCCUUUUAACAGUGCUGCACAAUCCAUAGGUAGCAUAGAAGAGAGAAAUGCCAAAUAAGAAUAUCUUAGUUUUAGUGGGUCUAUAUGCCUGAAGUGAGCAGUUUGGCCUCCUCUUUGUUUCUCAGCGCUUACUGGCAUUAUCAUCUGUGUUUAACAUGAAAAGGACCAUUGGAAGAAGAGUCGGGCUGAGUUGGAAAGAUACGGGGAGCAUCUGAACCAUUGAAAAUAUUUUUACUCAAGGCAAUAACUGACACAUCGAGUCGGAAUGUUACAGAGAAGGAUAUGAAAGAAAAAUAAUGGUAUCUUUAACUAUACUUAUGCUAGGUAAAGGUCUUAGUUAAUAGAACGGGAAGGGCAGAAAUGUUUUGCGUGACCAGGAAAAUGAAAAGUUGGAGAAGGGAACGGAGAGAGUUGGGAAGAGAGGAGCCAGGGCCAAAGGACUAUUUUUGCUGUUCAAACAGUGUUUUCAGCGCUAAAAGAUAAUAUUGCAGCUUUAGUUUGAGUGUAGGGUGGGAAUCGGUGACAAAGGAAUAUGGAGUGAUUGUGAGUGUGUUUGCUUGUGUGCGUGUGAAGUAAAGCGGUGAAGACAAAGAAAUGUGGGUGUAGAGAUUAUUUUCUCCAAAGCUGUUUGCCAGCUCUAGGGGUAUAAACAUGUGUUGUUGUUUUCUUUUAUUAAAAGGGAUAUAAAAAGGCACUAAAACUGAUGCAGUAUUUGUUAAUAACUAAGCUGAACUGACAUGGUAUUUGCAUGAGUUAACAUAUCCAAAAGUAUUGAACAGUUUUGUAAUCUUGACAUUUAGAAAAGAAAUGCAGUAUUUAUUCUUAUGCUUUGCCGUCUGGUGUAGUGUUAGAGGCUGCUGGUUUUCUCUUGUUGUGUUCAAGAAAUGCAGUAGAAUGUGUUUAGUGAUGGAAUCCCAAAAUUUUCUGGACUAGAGCUUGUCACAUUUUAGGCAACUCAAGAAUGGUACAUGCAUCUUAACUAAAAAUUACUUUUCAUUGAUUUUUAAGAGGAGGCAAAACAAAAAACCAGCCCUCCACAACUUUCUCUUCUGUUUCCAUUUUAUUUUAUGUUUCAUGUUAUGAACAGGAUCUUUGUAUUCUGCUGUUUAGACGAACAAGGAGAUUUCAUGUUGAAAUGUCUAAAUAUAAACUAGAGUAGUAUGAACACAACAGCCUUGGCAAGGAUUCUGUCCUGUGUGCAGAAACUAAAGUAGAAAGAUUUGGCUAUACAUAAACCAGCUGCUUGGAUAACAUCUGUACUGAAUUCUGAUGCAAACCUCCAAACCAAGCUCCUCGCGUAUAUAGAGGAGCCAGUCCAGUCAUAAAGAAUUGAAAAUAAGAGUUUUGUGUAUGCAAGGGGAGCCUUCCCUGCCAAUAGGAGAAUCCAAAUUCUGUGCAUCGGCAACACUCCUGGGUUACACGUUAGAAAGCAUGGUGGAUCCUAUGCCCUUUGCAGAUUUUGCAAUCAGAAAAUAUUUUACAUAAAUGAUAUUUAUAUUAUUGGUUUGCACACUUUACUGAUUACUUUUUUUAAAAAAAUGAGAAUUUGGGCCACAAACCAGCCAAAGUUAGUUGCUGUUGUCCUAUAGAUUUCCAUAGGACUACGCAUUUAGCUGUUGCUUAUUUAAAUCAGUGGAGGGUUUUGCUUUCUUUUUAGUGUUUAAUUUUGGCUGGGUUGUACGAUAGGUGUUUUACCGAGGCUUAAAUGCUGCACAGGAAAGAGGAAUUCAGCUAAUGGGAUGAAAGGAAAAAUAGGUAUGUUGAAAGAGAGAGGGGGAGAGAUGCAACACAGUGGAUUCAAAAGCAGAAAGGGCCGGAGGCCAGAAUUUAGAACUUACUUUCUUCCUUGCCUGCAAGGGCCACCCAACAUUUUUCAAUGUUUUCUGAACCUUUUAGCAGAAACUGCCUGUACAAUCAAGUUGGGAUUUAUUUAUUUUUUUACUCCAAAAGACUGUGUCUUUCAAAAGUGAGGUUAAAAAAAAAAAUCUCAGGAUUAUGACAAAGCAGUUGGAUUCUGUGCUGAAGAUGUUUUUAAGCCAGCAGUGGGCAAAAUGCUUUGAAAGAUGGAGCGUGGAGAAGAAGGUGGGUGAUCAGCUUACAUUACACACAACCCUUGUUGAGAAAUGGUGGUUUUCUUACAGGGGAGGUAAAGCCAAAGAUAAUACAUUUGCUUGGAAUGAGGUGCUUUCUCCUCCUUUACAAGGUUGUAGUCAACUCAAGGUGAAAGGGCAAGGAGUUGUUAAGGGAAAAUUCUCUAUUUUCUAGAAACAAAAAUAAAAAAGCCACUUCAAAACAUACGUUUCAUUUGUCUCUACAUAUCUUGUUCCAUUCCCCACCCACUCUGUGCUUUCCCCCCGGAAGCAAAAAUCUGAGAUGGGUAUCGUGGCAUCAUGGGAUAACUUUGCUAAAAGGAAAGAGAGGCUUGAUUCGUUAUGCUAUUCCCGCAACACAGGUUUUUGAUGGUUAUUAUUGUAAACUACUGACAAAGGACAGUUUCUUUUUCAGGAAUUAGGGAACCUUAGCUACCAUUUUCAGCAAGUGCUUUGAUAGUGGAGCAAUGGACUCAUCUCUUCAUUAUUCCCACCACCGCUCCAUAAUGUCUUUAAAUAUAUGCCAGUACAUGCAAAUAUAUUCAAAAACAACAACAAAUUCAUGCAGAAUAAGCUUUGCUUCCAGGCACAUACAAAGAGUUAAGAUUUAUUUAUUUUUUGAAGCAAAUACUGAAAAAAUUGAACUGGGCAUUGACUAAUAGUUAAGGAUUACAAUUUGUGAUGAUGUCCAGGAUUCUGUUUCCCCCCUCUUAACUGCAGAGCAGUUUCCUCAGACCAGUUCUGACCAUUUCACUCCCAGUCCAGAAGGAUCCAUUGCAGAAUACCGUUGCAACUGCGUCGUUGCAAAUAACCAACCACUCUUGUUGCAAAAUAACGUGGCUUCUUGUAUAUGUUUAACCACUUCAUUGCUGUACCUUGCUUCUGUUUUAUAGUGACUGUGAGGCAUACAAUGCAAGUAUACACUUAUUUUCUCAUUAAAACUUAAACUUGUCUUGUGUUUCUUAUCUGAAAGCGAAGGGGGUUGUGGGGGUGGCGCAUUGUUUGCAGUGCCCUUUGGAUCGAGCGUUUGCCAUGACUUUGGCUCGGUGUGGCCUGCUGGCAAGCAGCCCAUAGGCCAGAUUAGGCCUGCAGAACUUGUCUUCUCAGCCACCUUCCCCGUGACCCUGUCAUGUUUCCAUUGAGAUGUAAAGAUUUCGCCCCUCAUUUUCAGCUGGAAAGGAAAUCGGCUUGUUUGGAAAAGCUGGGAGGGAGGAUUUCCUCACUUUAUAUACACAACAUAUGCUCCAUGAACAUAUAUAUGGUUGGAUGGUACCAACUUUUCUUACACAGCCAAACAACCCAUUAAAAUAAAGCCUCUAAGAAUAUAGACAUUGGCUGCCCACGGGCUACUUGUGAAUCUGCAUGGAAAGGCAGUACCAUGAAAUCCUUGAGAGCAAACUGCUGUUUAGUCUUUCUCCACCUAGCCCUUGAAAUAACCUGGAAUUCUGGUGUGCACAGACAAUUUUAUUUAAAGUGGAAUUAAGCCUUCAAAUAACCACACAAACAUGGGCAUAUUUUUCCCCAUUGCAGAAGGUGGGUGAAGAAAUGAGCACUAGACUUUCAGUGCAUACCUGAGGUAGGCUAGAGGCAGGUUCGUGUUAUGGGAAAGCAACAAAACCAAUUUGCUUCCUCUUUGCACAUUGUCCUGUCUGUGUUUGAGCAGUGGAGAGUCCUGCACCUCUCGUGUAGGGAGGUGUGUGCUGCUUUUUUUUUGUCCCCAUACAUUCACCCACAGAGGAAGGCCUCAUGCCAGCGGGUGGCGCUGUGGUCUAAACCACUGAACCUUUUGGGCUUGCCGAUCAGAAGGUCAGCAGUUUGAAUACGUGAGACGGGGUGAGCUCCCAUUGUUCUGGCCCAGCUUCUGCCAACCUAGCAGUUCGAAAGCAUGUCAGUGCAAGUAGAUAAAUAGGUACCACUGCAGUGGGAAGGUAAACGGUGUUUCCGUGCGCUCUGGUUUCCAUCACAGUGUUUCAUUGAGCCAGAAGCGAUUUAGUCAUGCUGGCCGCAUGACCCGGAAAGCUCUCUGUGGACAAACACCAGCUCCCUUGGCCUGAAAGUGAGAUUAGCACCGCAAACCCAUAGUCGCCUUUGACUGGACUUAACCAUCCAAGGGUCCUUUACCUUUUUACCUUUACCAUGCCAGCAAAAGUAAAUCAUGCUGCUGGUCCAUGAAAAGCUCUGGGAUUGAAGUUAGUUGCGACUAACCUAGUCCCUUGGAGUUAGGCUGCAGUCCAAAUGUACUUACUCUGGAGUAAGCUCCAUUAUGUCACAUUGGACUUCUUCGGUAUGCAAGUGUCUGUUUUUCACUUUAAGAUUUGGGAGCAUGGAAAGAGAAGGCCUAACUCUCCCUUCCUCUCUCACUUAACUGUGAAGCCAAGCCAAAAAGCUUUCAUUUCUCGUUUCUAAGUGCCCAUAACAUCCCUGAGAGGGCAGCUUCUUUUGAUGACCGAUAUACUGAUGCAACAAUAGGUCAAAAAAAAAAUACAAAUUUCCAAUUGUAUUGGGGAACUGCUCUUGUAGAAAACACAAGUUUGAAUCGGGGAUUUCAGAUGGAUGCAUGCACUGUAAUGCCACCUAGGGCACAAUUUAACCAAUUCUUCAAUUGUACAAUUGGUCUCAUAGCAUCAAGCCCCAACUGAAGCAUCAGCUCCCUUCCUAAAUUGUGUGGGGAAACCACUAAUGUGCUAGAUGUUUUAUAUCACCAAUUCUUUUUAUUAUUAUUAUUAUUAUUAUUAUUAUUAUUAUUAUUAUUAUUAUUAUUUUGCGUUUCAUCGGUGGUUAGCAGACAGUUUUUGAAAAACUAAAGCAAUUAAGUGGUCAAAGUUUCUUGUGAGCCCAUUGAGCUGCCCAUUGAGUAUCUGCAUGAGUCACUGCGUCUUCCAGCCCUGUGUCUUCUCAAAGUCUGCUGGGCACUAAUAAUGCUAACUUGUCUGCUUUCACUGAGGUUGGAGCAUUUAUACAGGGACACAGCAGAAUUAAUCACCCCCUGCUUGUCUCUGCAUGAGUCACUGUUCUCCUUCCAACUAGGAGUGACACAUUGGGGGAAAAUGGAAGACUCCUCUGGCAUUAGGCCAUUCUUCUACCACACCUUCUGCAAGCCAACCUCUCUAAGCACAAAGCAUGCCUGUGAUUCAGCAUAACCCUAUCAGAAGUUUGGGAAAUGACAACAUCCUGGCGCCUGCCCCAUUUUCCUCUCAGCCAGUAAAGGUGCUUGUUCUCUGCACCUGUUUGACAGUUUCUGCUUGCAGAAAUGGGCCUUUUUGCUGGCUUGAGUGAUUACAGCUGGGAGUGUGGUCAUGGGCCUCGGCCUCAGCUUGGCUGAUGAGAACAAACCCAGCCUAGUGCAAAUGGGAUGAUGUGCUACCGUCACUAUGGAGAAUCACGAGUGUAGGGGAAGCCCCACUAGCCAUGUGAGAAACAGACCUGUGACCCAAACCUAGAGUGAUAACGCCCAUGGGGGGGCGUGUCCAUUGCUCCUUAAUUUAGCAUCACUGGUCCUAUUUUUUCUGCUGUAUGUGGCUUUAUUGUGUGAUGGUUCCAAAUUGGAGUCCAACAAGCUCCCUACCCAAGGAGAAGAAGAAGAAGAAGAAAUUUUUUUUAUUUCUACCCCACCCUCCCUAGUGAGAGCCGGGUUCAGGCAGCUGACAUCAAUAAAAUUACAAUAAAACGUAAAAGAAAGAAAAACAAUUGAUUAAAAUGCAGAUUAAAAUACAAUUUAGAUUUAAAAAUUGUUUUAAAAUGCAGCCUCAUUUUAACAUGGCCCAAAUCAAAACC